AUGGCGUGGUCAACGUCGUCGCUCGUUGUAGCCACCUGCUGCGUUGUUCUCCUUUUUGCUAACCCCACGGCCGCUUUCGGAGCCGGCAACAUUGCCUCACUCUCCAAAAUCGAAGGCCAGAACUGGCGCCAUGGCGAUAUUGAAGAUGUGCUCCUCUCUCUCGUUAUAGCUCGAGUCGCUGGCGGCAAAAAGUUCUCGAAGCUUGAUGUCAAGAGAGUCUAUUUUGGCAACUGGUUGAGAGACUACAGCCAGGCUGUGGAUGUUGGAACUGUGAAAUACGUCAGUGCCGAAGCAAUUCGAAUUUUGCUCUGGGUUUUAGGAUUCUUGAGUUUUGGUUACGGGACUGCUGAAUUUGAAGUCACCACCGACCGUUUAGGAUGCUAUCAACCAACUGAGCAUAUUGACAAUCCUCUUGGAUACGCUGAAGGUGACGAUGCUCGCCGUUAUGACAAACGUCUCAGAGGUCCCGUUGACGCUCGUCGAGAGCUAUCCAUCGACCCUCGAUCUGGACUCAAAAACUACAUUGCUUCAGAGGAUGCUGGCAUUGCGACCUCCGCCGGCCUUUUGCGAAACGUCUUUCGCCGAUGUAUCGAACUUGGCCGCAGCUACGGACGAUCUCGCGACAAGAAUGAAUUUUACGAAGCUCUUCGUCUACUUGGUACUGGUCUUCACUGUCUGGAAGAUUUUUCUGCUCAUUCGAAUUAUACUGAGCUCAGCUUGAUUGAACUUGGCGAGCAAGAUAUCUUCCCGCAUGUUGGUCGACGAACUGCGAUUCAACUUCAGGGCGCCAACCGUCCAGUUUAUCCUAUUGUUACUGGAACCUUUGGUGGUGUUGACUUUCUUCACUCUGUUAUGGGAGAAUUCUCCGAUAAAGCCACCCAGUCGGAGCUUCAAUCCCUCGAGGGAGUGAUGGAACAAUCCCAGGGCCAAGGCGGUAGGAAGAGCUUCAUUCAAGAGCUGCUGAAUAAAAUCCCCUCCGACAUUCUUGGUGGUCAGAAUAAUGCCGCCAAAAUGGAUGAAUUCCAGGCGAAUGCUCAACAGCAACAACAAGCUGCGAACAUUUCACCCAAAAAGCCCGAAGAAUGGACCCGUUACCUGGAUGACGUUCGACGCCAGAUCUAUCCGAUUUUGGAAUGGCACGAUAAUUUGAUCAAAACUAUCAGUGAAGCAAUCGACAAAAUUCCUCUGAUUGGCGAACUUAUUGAACAGAUCCAAAACGAAAUCAACCUUUUCGUCUUCUCCGUUAUUGCCCCCUAUGUGAUGCCGAUUAUCUCCCAAGUCAAAAGGGAGCUUGAAACUGGAUCUUCGGAGGUCAUCCAGAGCAGCAGAGCCCAGCAGCACAACAUAUUUAACGACGAUAACAGCACCGAUCCGACCCACUCAAUGUUAUCAAAAGAUCAUUUCUCUAACCUUCUGAAUGAGCCAGCUGGAAAGGUGGCUCAAACUGUAGUUAGAUGGGCAGUUCCUCAAAUCAUGGAAGCUUGGGAUAAUGAAAAUACCGAUAUUGAUCGAACCUUGACUCGAAUCAUUCACGGAGUUUUCCACCACCCUGCUCACCGUGGUUAUGGCGAGGAUGGGCAGGCCGAUAUUCGCAGGGAUAUGUUCGCUGCUGUGGAGAAGUGGUGGCGUGAUCAGGGUCGCGGCCAGGACUCACUUAGAAACCAACUUAGCCGUGAGGGUGUUAGGAAGGGAGAUAACCAUAAGCCUGGUGUCCAUGAUACUGGCCACGGCUGUGGAAAGCCAUUGGCCCUGCCUAAGGGCAAAUCAGGUUCAUCUGGUGGUGGUGGUAGUGGCCGCUCCAAUGAUACAGAUCAACUAGCUAAAGCAGCUAAGGCAGCAGUUGGUGGUGGCAUUCUUGGUGACUUGGUCGGAGGCAUCGUGGGCAGUGCGGGUACUGAGGUCCUUGCCGGAAGCUCUGGGUAUGACGGUGGGCGCCAUACGGCACAGGAAUACAAGAAGGAGAAUAAGGCGCAAGAGUACGGUGGUAAUUAUGGAGACCAUGGGUAUAAGCAGAAGGAAAAAUACGGAGGCAGCUAUGGAGGUGACUAUGAAGAUGACAAAAAAAAUAAGAAGAAAUCUAAAGGAUACGGCGACGACGACGAUGAUGAUAAGAAAUAUAAGAAAGAAAAGAAGUAUAAAGGGUAUGAUGAUGAUGACGACGAUGAUGAAUAUAAGAAAAAGAAGAAGGAUAAGAAGUACAAGGAUUAUGAUGACGAUGAUGAUAAGAAAAAGUCCAAGCAUGGGAAGAAGCGCAGCGAAGAAUAUGGACGCUCCGAGUACGGACAAAGCGGAAAUGGCGGUGGCUCAUAUGGCCGUCAGCAAGAACAUUCUCAAUCCGCCUAUCGCGAGGAUUCUGGGUAUGGAAGACAGCAACAGAGCGGUGGAUAUGGUGGAGACUCAUACGGGCAACAGCAGGGUUACUCUGAGUCCACCCGCCGUGAUGACUCUGGCUAUGGAAGGCACCAACAGAGUGGUGGGUAUGGUGGUGCAUCAUAUGGACGCGAGCAAGAGCAUUCUCAAUCUACGUAUCGCGAUGAUUCUGGGUAUGGAAGACACGAGCAGAGCGGAGGAUAUGGUGGUGGACAACAUCAAAGCGGAUAUGGUCAAGAAAGACAAACUGGCGGAUAUGGCGGCGGUCAGGGAGGUUAUUCCAGCGGCUAUGGUCAAGAAACUCGCCAGCAGCACGGCGGCUAUGAGUCCCAGGGCCGACGCCGCUCAAAAUCACGCGAAAGAGAAUCCGGAAGGUAUGAAAGCAGCGCGUACGGAGGUCGAAAUGACGGGCGCUAUGGCAGCGAAGAGAGGGAGUUCGGUGGCCAUCAGUCAUACCAGAGGCGUUAUGACAAUGAUAGGGAUCGCUCCGAUGACGAAGGCUAUGACCGUCGCCGGCAGCAUCACCGCCGGGACUAA